CCCUUUGCAGUGACAACGGGGGCUCCGUCGAACACUUGGAAACACACCCCGAGCCGCCAGCAGUCCGUCGCUGCCGCUGGACAAGAAAACUACAAAGAAGGGACGAACCAAAGAAAGAAAAGCCAAAGAGCGGAGGCAGCCACGGCAGCGGCACAAUCACACACACACACACACACACACAAAAAGUCGGAACCGGAACACACACACACACACACACACACCCACACCGAAGAGCUGCUACGAGCGACAUGGCGAGCGCUUCGUAUCACAUCUCCAACCUGCUGGAGAAAAUGACCUCCAGCGACAAAGAUUUCAGGUUCAUGGCCACAAACGACCUGAUGACUGAACUGCAAAAAGAUUCCAUCAAACUGGACGACGACAGCGAGAGGAAGGUAGUGAGGAUGAUUCUAAAGCUGCUAGAAGACAAGAAUGGAGAAGUUCAGAAUUUGGCCGUCAAAUGCCUGGGCCCUCUGGUGAGCAAGGUGAAGGAGUACCAAGUGGAGACCAUUGUGGACACGCUCUGCACCAACAUGCUGUCCGACAAAGAGCAGCUGCGUGACAUCUCCUCCAUCGGCCUCAAGACCGUCAUCGGAGAGCUGCCGCCCGCUUCCAGCGGCUCGGCCCUGGCCGCCAGCGUGUGUAAGAAGAUCACAGGCCGCCUGACCAGCGCGAUCGCCAAACAGGAGGACGUCUCGGUGCAGCUGGAGGCGCUGGACAUCAUGGCCGACAUGCUGUGCAGACAGGGGGGGCUGCUGGUCAACUUCCAUCCCUCCAUCCUCAGCUGCCUGCUGCCUCAGCUCACCUCACCCAGGUUGGCCGUCAGGAAGAGGACCAUCAUGGCGCUGGGACACCUGGUCAUGUCAUGCGGGAACCUGGUCUUCAUCGACCUGAUUGAGCACCUGCUGAGCGAGCUGGGACGCAACGACAACAUGUCCACCACCAGGACGUACAUCCAGUGCACGGCAGCCAUCAGCAGGCAGGCCGGACACAGAAUCGGCGAAUACCUGGAAAAGAUCAUUCCACUGGUGGUCAAAUUUUGCAAUGUGGACGACGACGAGCUGAGGGAGUACUGCAUCCAGGCAUUUGAGUCCUUCGUCAGGAGGUGUCCUAAAGAGGUGUACACCCACGUCCCCACCAUCAUAUCCAUCUGCCUGCGCUACCUGACCUAUGACCCCAACUACAACUUUGAUGACGAGGAAGAGGAGGACAAUGCAAUGGAUGCCGAGCAAAACGACGAAGACUACCAAGGGAGCGACGACGAGUACAGCGACGACGACGACAUGAGCUGGAAAGUUCGGCGGGCGGCGGCCAAGUGCUUGGACGCCGUGGUCUCGACGAGGCACGAGAUGCUACCCGAGUUCUACCGCUCUGUGUCCCCCGCGCUCGUCUGCCGCUUCAAGGAGAGGGAGGAGAACGUGAAGGCGGACGUGUUCCACGCAUACUUGUCGCUGCUCAAGCAAACGCGACCCGCUCACAGCUGGUUGGCCGACCCGGACGCCAUGGAGCAGGGAGACACGCCCCUCACUAUGCUGCAGAGUCAGGUGGCCAUGAUCGUGAAGGCGCUCCACAAGCAGCUGAAGGAGAAGAGCGUGAAGACCCGCCAGUGUUGCUUCAACAUGCUGACGGAGCUGGUCAACGUGUUGCCGGGAGCGCUGACUCAGCACAUCCCCGUGCUCGUACCAGGGAUCAUCUUCUCCCUGAACGACAAGUCCAGCAGCUCCAACCUGAAGAUCGACGCGCUGGCUUGCCUCCACGUUAUCAUGGUCACGCACCCCGCCCACGCCUUCCACGCCCACGUCCCUGCCCUGGUCUCCCCUGUGGUGUCCUGCGUGGGGGACCCCUUUUACAAGAUCACCUCGGAGGCUCUGCUCGUCACGCAGCAGCUCGUCAAGGUCAUCAGACCCCUAGACAGCCAAUCGGGAGGCUCGGACGCCUUCGACCCCUCCCCUUACAUCGACGACUUGUUCAGCUGUACAAUCCGACGGCUCAAAGCCGCCGACAUCGACCAGGAAGUCAAAGAACGUGCCAUUUCCUGCAUGGGACAGAUCAUCUGUAACCUAGGCGACCACCUCCCCACCGAGCUUCACGGCACGCUCUUGAUCUUUUUGGAACGUCUGAAGAACGAGAUCACGCGUCUCACCACGGUGAAAGCUUUGACGCUGAUCGCCGGGUCCCCGUUGAAAAUCGACUUGUGCCCCGUGCUGCCCGACGCCAUCCCCAUCCUGGCGUCCUUCCUGCGCAAGAACCAGCGCGCGCUAAAACUCUGCACCCUCGCCGCCCUCGACAUCCUGCUCAGGAACUACAGCUCGGCGGUGACGCCGGCGAUGGUGGAUGCGGUGCUGGCCGAGCUUCCCCCGCUGAUCUCGGAGAGCGACAUGCACGUGUCUCAGAUGGCGCUGAGCUUCCUGUCCACGCUGGCCGUCACCCACCCGUCGCUGCUGGGCCAGCUGAGCGGGGGUAACAUCCUCGCGCAGCUCAUCGCGCUCGUCCGGUCGCCGCUGCUGCAGGGCGGCGCGCUGGCCGCCAUGCUCGACUUCUACCAGGCUCUGGUGUCGACGGACACGGCCGGCUUGGGCUACAUGGACCUGCUGCGGAUGUUGACGGGUCCGGUGUACUCCCAGAGCGCCGCGCUGCCUCACAAGCAAGCGUACUGCUCCAUCGCCAAAUGCGUGGCCGCGCUCACCAGGGCGUGUCCGGCCGAGGGCCCGGCCGUGGUCGGCCAGUUCAUCCAGGACGUGAAGAACAGCCGCUCCACUGACUCCAUCCGACUGCUGUCUCUGCUCUCGUUGGGCGAGGUCGGACAUCACGUGGACCUGAGCGGCCAAGUGGAGCUAAAGACGGUCAUCCUGGACGCCUUUUCGUCCUCCAGUGAGGAGGUGAAGUCAGCGGCGUCGUACGCUCUGGGCAGCAUCGCGGUGGGAAACCUUCCAGAAUAUCUGCCCUUCGUCCUGCAGGAGAUCUCCUCGUCCAAGCGGCAGUACUUGUUGCUGCACUCGCUUAAGGAGAUCAUCAGUUCGGCGUCUGUGUCGGGCUUGAAACCGUACGUGGAGUCGGUGUGGACGCUGCUGCUAAAGCACUGCGAAUGCCAGGAGGAAGGAACCCGCAACGUGGUGGCCGAGUGUUUGGGAAAGCUGACGCUCAUCAACCCCGAGACGCUGCUGCCCAGACUGAAAGGAUACUUGCUUUCAGGCUCAUCAUAUGCCCGAAGUUCUGUGGUGACGGCCGUCAAGUUCACCAUCUCGGACCAACCUCAGCCCAUCGACCCGCUCUUGAAGAACUGCAUAGGUGACUUCCUGAAGACGCUAGAGGACCCCGACCUGAAUGUGAGGCGCGUGGCCUUGGUGACGUUCAACUCGGCGGCGCACAACAAGCCGAGUCUCAUCCGGGAACUUCUGGACGCCGUCCUGCCGCAACUCUACAAUGAGACCAAAGUGCGCAAGGAGCUCAUCCGAGAGGUGGAGAUGGGCCCGUUCAAGCACACGGUUGACGACGGGCUGGACUUGCGCAAGGCGGCUUUCGAGUGCAUGUACACGCUGCUGGAUAGCUGCCUGGACCGCAUCGACAUCUUCACCUUCCUCAACCACGUGGAGGACGGCCUCAAGGACCACUACGACAUCAAGAUGCUGACCUUCCUCAUGCUGGCUCGCCUGUCCUCGCUCUGUCCCAGCGCCGUCCUGCAGAGGCUGGACCGACUGGUCGAACCGCUCAGAGCCACCUGCACCACCAAGGUGAAGGCCAAUUCCGUGAAGCAGGAGUUCGAAAAGCAGGACGAGCUGAAGCGUUCAGCGAUGCGAGCGGUCGUGGCGCUGCUGACGAUCCCCGAGGCAGAGAAGUCGCCGCUGAUGUCUGAGUUUCAGUCGCAGAUAUCGUCCAAUCAGGAGCUGGCAGCCAUCUUUGACUCAGUCCAGCGGGACUCGGGCUCGGCUAACAUGGAGUCCAUGGACACUAGCUAGACCGGACGCGACGCGACAGGCUGCCGACAUCCCCGCUGCCGCAGCGACAACCUGGGGCAUGUUUCCGUGACAACACACAUCCAUACACACUCGCACACGUAUUGACACAUUCUCCUCAUGAUCAGUUAUUCCCAUCAUGCAUUGCACUGAAAACGGCGUUCGGAAAAGUCGUGCGGACAAAGAUGUUUGACAAGUUUGGAAGCUCCUCCUGUUUUUCUUUUUUUUUUUUUUUAUUCCAAACGGACAACAAGUACCGCCGUGUUCUGGACUGAUCCACGGACUGGUCGCACUUCCUGCUUGAAGCGGUGGAGUUUAGCUUUGCGUCGUAGGUAUUUUAUUUUAUUUUUUUAAUCUUUUUUUUUUUUUUUUUUUUUUGCGAUGGCGACCUGCGGGAUGCUUCCGAGGACGGUCCUUUUUUUCGGACCUGUCGGCUACUCUGUUUCCUCUGAGUUACGCACAAACUUGCCCCCGACCUCGGCUUCUUCAAAAGGAAGGAAAAGGGAGGCUUCCGGCGUUGGAGCGUGUUCGCAGUCCUGACCGGACGCUUGUGGUCACCGUGGUUGUGUUCUGUUUGCUGACCGGACUGUUCCAAUCGCCCAAAACAAAAAAAUAAAGGCCCAUUUCUGCCUGCCUU